AACUACACACGCCUGCCCGCGCGCGCCCGCGCGCACACACACACACACACACACUCAUCUCGCCAACCUUCCUACUGCUCCAAGGGAUUCGCCUGUAAACAAAAUUUAACAAAGAAAAGAAAUGAUCACACAGCGCUUGCACUGGGUUGUGUUUAAUAAUAAUAAAAAUUAGAAGCAGGGGGCGACAGCAAUAGGCGUUCACUCCGGAGGGUUCUUCAGUAAAACAAGGCCUCCAAAAGGAAAUCGACACAGCUCCCGUCAGAGGAAGAAGACAGCGUGAAGCUCCCGUACCGGUACUCCUUGGCGCUGCCAGAGAGAAAAGAGAAUCAAUGAGAGCGGACUUCUGCUUCGUGGCAUCGCCCGCACCGUCUACUUCUCCCUGCGGUUUUCCACUUGGCCCCCGAUUGCUUUUUGCAGCUGGAGGCCAAGUUUUGAGAGUGGGAAGGAAGUUUCCCAAUGAAGGACUGAAGUCUCUCUAGCAGCUGCCCGCAGCUCCAAUGUAACAAGAAAAAGAAAAGAACCAAGCAGCAAAACUUUGCAUCCCGAACAAGUGGACUGCUGCCUGCGGCUCCUGGACCGCGGUGGUGGUACGGCUCCUGGCGCUGUCUUCCUCCUCGGCGGUGGUGAUCGGUCGGAGAGGGCUUGGAGUCUGCCCGCGCACGCGGAGGCGGCGGCUGCGGCGUUGGAUCCGUCAACGUACUGCGAGAGCCCGGUGUACAGCCCGGACGUGUGCCCCAACAUGAUCGCGGCGCAGGCCAAGCUGGUGUACCAGCUGAACAAGUACUACACGGAGCGGUGCCAGGCGCGUAAGGCGGCUAUCGCCAAGACCAUCCGCGAGGUGUGCAAAGUGGUCUCCGAUGUGCUCAAGGAGGUGGAGGUUCAGGAGCCGCGCUUCAUCAGCUCGCUAAGCGAGAUCGACGCGCGAUACGAGGGCCUGGAGGUAAUCUCGCCCACCGAGUUCGAGGUGGUACUGUACCUGAACCAGAUGGGGGUCUUCAACUUCGUGGACGACGGCUCGCUCCCUGGCUGCGCCGUCCUCAAACUGAGCGACGGCCGCAAGCGCAGCAUGUCCCUCUGGGUGGAGUUCAUCACGGCCUCGGGCUACCUGUCUGCGCGCAAGAUCCGCUCGCGCUUCCAGACGCUGGUGGCGCAGGCGGUGGACAAGUGCAGCUACCGCGACGUGGUCAAAAUGAUCGCGGACACCAGCGAGGUCAAGCUGCGCAUCCGGGAGCGCUACGUCGUGCAGAUUACACCCGCCUUCAAAUGCACCGGCAUCUGGCCGCGCAGCGCGGCGCAGUGGCCGCUGCCGCACAUCCCCUGGCCGGGGCCCAACCGCGUGGCCGAGGUCAAGGCUGAGGGCUUCAACCUGCUCUCCAAGGAGUGCUAUUCGCUGACGGGCAAGCAGAGCUCGGCCGAGAGUGACGCCUGGGUGCUGCAGUUCGGCGAGGCCGAGAACCGCCUGCUGCUGGGCGGCUGCCGCAACAAGUGCCUAUCGGUGCUCAAGACGCUGCGCGACCGGCACCUGGAGCUGCCCGGCCAGCCGCUCAACAACUACCACAUGAAGACGCUGCUGCUCUACGAGUGCGAGAAGCACCCGCGGGAGACCGACUGGGACGAGGCGUGCCUGGGCGACCGCCUCAACGGCAUCCUCCUGCAGCUCAUCUCCUGCCUGCAGUGCCGCCGCUGCCCGCACUACUUCCUGCCCAACCUCGACCUGUUUCAGGGCAAGCCCCACUCGGCCCUCGAGAGCGCCGCCAAGCAGACCUGGCGCCUCGCCAGAGAGAUCCUCACCAACCCCAAAAGCCUCGACAAGCUAUAGGAAAGCGGGGGAGGGGGAGAGGGAAAGAACUAAGACUGCAGAGAACCACAAAACUCUUAUUUAAAGAAGGGGGCGCAGACAUCCCCUCCCCACUAACACAAAAGACUCAAAGCCUAGCAGCGGGUACCCUCUCCCUUUUUCUAAAAUUAAAACAAAACAAAAAAGACUAAAAACAGCAGCAGGACUUUGCGACAGCCAAACGAAACCCAAGGUACAUUUCAUUUUUUCCCGUCCCCCAUAUUAAGUGUAUGCCAUUCGUUCCUGUCUUUCUCUUUCUCUUGUUCACCUGAAUGUUGUCACAAAGUGAAAAACAAAAUUA